GUCGGUAAUAUUUCCCGUUAUCGCCGACAUCAUCAUCAAUCAACCAAUAUCCUUUUCAAUCUUUAACAGCAAGACAGAUGUUCUUUAUCUAAAGUAUGCAUAAAAUAUCCAAAGAACAACACAGAUGAUGUUAACCUAAAUUAAUGUUCCAAAACUUUCUCAGAUCAAAUCGUCAUAUCAUCUAAAUUGUUUGCUGGGGGAGAGAAACAGAGAGAUGUCGGGCUGUGGAUGCUUUUAUUGGAACAGGGUCACCGAUGUGGCGGUUCCCGAUAUCGAUUCUUUCUCUCUCCCUUCCCCGAUUCCCGAAUGGCCUCCAGGUCAUGGAUUUGCUACUGGAUCCAUCAAUCUAGGAGAAUUAGAAGUUCGUGAAAUCACCAAAUUCGAGUUCAUAUGGGGAAGCGACAUAAAGAAUAGAAGAAAAGGUGUCAACUUCUUUAAGCCUGUUGAUAUACCAGAUGGAUACUUCUGCCUAGGUCACUAUAGUCAAUCUGAUGAAAAACCUCUACGAGGGUUUCUACUCGUGGCCCGUGAAGUAAAAAAGACUAUAUCGCCCGCCCUUGUCCAGCCUACAGAUUACACGUUAGUUUGGUGUCCAGAUGACUGGACAGAAGACAAUAAUGUCCAUGGCCAUAGCCAUGGCCAUGGUUACUUCUGGUUACCUAUAGCUCCCGAGGGUUACAAAGCUUUGGGUUUCAUUGUCACAAAUAAGCCCGCAAAGCCUGAUUUGAAUGAAAUCCGAUGUGUUCGUGAGGAUCUUACAACUACAUGCGAACCUCACUGUAUACUACUCAACAAACACUCCAAAAUAGCAGAUUCACUAUUUACAGUCUGGAAAACAAGACCAUGUCAUCGAGGAAUGCAUGAAAAAAGUGUUCCAGUGGGUACCUUUUUCUGUAGUUGUAUUUGGAGUCAUGGAGAGGACUUAAAUAUUCAUUGCUUAAAGAAUCUAAACGAUAACAUAAACUCAAUGCCAAAUCUUGACCAGAUUCAUGCCCUUAUAAACCAUUAUGGCCCAACUAUUUACUUCCACCCUGAUGAGAUCUACCUUCCAUCUUCUGUAUCUUGGUUCUUUGAAAAAGAGGCUUUGUUGCAUAAAAAAGGCGGGUCGAAAGGCGAAUGGAUCGACCCGUCGGGCUCAAGUUUACCUAAAGGUGAGAGAAACGAUGGUGAAUAUUGGAUAGAUUUGCCUAAAGAUGAAACCGCAAAGAAAAUCAAGAAAGGGGAUUUAAAAAGCGCGAAGGUUUACGUUCAUGUAAAGCCCGCUUUAGGCGGGAGUUUCACGGAUAUUGUGAUGUGGAUUUUUUGCCCGUUCAACGGGCCGGGGUGUAUAAAGAUUGGAAUCAUGAAUUACCCUCUCACAAGAGUUGGACAGCAUGUGGGGGAUUGGGAACAUGUUUCCCUUCGUGUAAGCAACUUCACGGGAGAACUAUGGAAUGUGUAUUUCUCGCAGCAUAGUGGGGGUGUGUGGAUGGAUGCUUCCGGUUUGGAGUUCAUAGAAGGUAAUAAACCGAUUGUUUAUUCGUCAAGAAACGGACACGCGAAUUACCCUCAUCCAGGGGAGUUUCUUCAAGGGUCUGCGAAUCUCCGGAUUGGAAUCAGGAAUUCCGCUGCGCGGAGUAAUCAUGCAUUGGAUUCGAGUAAAGAUUAUGAGAUUGUGGCAGCGGAGUAUCUAGGAGAGGGGGUUGUUAAUGAACCGUGUUGGUUACAGUUUAUGAGAAAGUGGGGCCCAACAACCGUGCAUGAUUCGCGGGCUGAGGUUACUAGAAUCUUGAAUCGGUUGCCUGAAACUCUUCGGUGUUCAGCACAAAAUAUAUUCGAUAAGUUACCAAAUGAAUUGUAUGGCGAAGAUGGGCCUACAGGGCCCAAAGAGAAAAGCAGCUGGUUUGGUGACGAAAAAUGCUAGCGUUGUAUUUGGACUUGUGAAUUUACUAAAAUAUCCUUGUCAUACACUGUUUUCACACUUACAGAAUAGGGUUUGUAAUUUGUAUUAUAGGCAGUCGUGAGUAAAGAGUGAAAGUUGCUUGCUAUUUCUUUCCUGAAAUAUGGAUUUGUGAUUCUUUUGAGUGAAGUUUGUGAAUAUUGUUAGACUGUGAUGAAUGAAAACUUG